UUGUCCUUUGAAAAUAACACCACAAGAUUCACCCCUCAAGAGAGAAGUCGAUAACGUUUAAGAUGAAGAAGAGAAAAUAUCCGAAACAUCACUUCUGACUGGUCAUAAAAAAAAGAAAAGAAAAGAAAAGAAUUAGUGCGAUGUAAAGAUCUGCAUUUCUUCCACCGAUAAAAUCAACAAGCCUGUGGUUUUGGAGACGGAACAUGCGAACCGGAAUCGUUCUGUUUUACUUUUUCUUUCCAACUAUCGCAAAGGGUUGCUGUGGGAAAAAACAACAACCGAGGAUUUUGACAGAUCAGCCGUUUCAUCACUACAAAGCUGUGGAGGGGGAAGUCUUUGUGAUGCCAUGCGAUCCAUCUGAGAAGUCCCCUGUGAAGAGAGCCGGAGCUGACGACGGCAAAGCAUGUGGGGAAGAGUUUGUGGCUAAAGAUGCUGGAGAAAACAGAAGCUUCACAGGGUCAAAUUCGACUCUGCAGGUCAUCGCAAAAACCAGUUUGAGAUGCUUCGAGCCUGAAGAGAGCAGCGUGAUGCUGCUGGCUCACAUUGAGGGACGCAUCCCCUGUCCCGGACAUGCCUGUUAUAACAACACAGGUGUGGUUUGGUACAAGAAAAACAGACUCGUAUCUAUAGCGAGAGAAUCCUGUGUUGAAGACGGGGAGCUUCAUCUCUGCACAGUCUACAGAGAGGACACGGGUGUAUUUUAUUGUGACAGACGAAUAACUGAGCAAGGAGUCACGUGGGUCUUCAGGAGGGCCGUCCACGUUAAAGUCAUACCAUUUACAGAAGCAAACUCUCCUCCCGUGGUUAAGUAUCCAGCUGCCAACAUGACUGAGGAGGUUGAGCUUGGUCAGCCUCACAACCUCUCGUGUGAGGUAGACUUUGAUUUUGAGGUAAACAUUUCUCGAAAAGUAGAGUGGUUCAUGAAUUAUGGCGGCGAUAUGGACAACAUGACCCUGGUAGACACGGAGCGACAUGAAGAAGUCUUCUUUUCAGAUAUCAAGGUUACGCAGACGUACACCAUAAAGGAAGUGACGCCUCAGCACCUGAAGCACGCAUACACCUGCUUAGCCGGCAACACUGUGGGAAACAACAAUGUCACAAUUAAACUUAAAGAAAAAGAGCAAGGGAAAUGGCGGUCACUGGUCGGUUAUCCGUUUGGCUGCUUUCUGCUGGUCGUCAGCCUGGGAAUCAUCCUGCAUGUGAAGUGGGUGGAAUUACAGCUCAUCUUCAGAUCACGCUUCCAGUUUGGAAAAGAUGAUGGAGAGAAGGAAUUUGAUGUUUUCGUGUCAUAUGUGUGGACUGGUCCAUCAGCAGAGGCGGUAAAAUGUUUGGCCAUUUCCUCCAAGCCUUACAGUGACGCAGGAGAGAUACAGAGCCGUGAGGAACCGAUAGAAAUGCGGCUGACCCGGGUGUUAGAGGACCAGUGGGGGUAUCGCGUCUGUCUGCUGGAAAGGGACAUUCUUCCAGGAGGAGCUUACACAAACGAUGUGGUUCUCACUAUAAACAGAAGUCGAAUGCUCAUCUGUGUCUUGUCAGCUAAAUAUUUCGCCAGCAGCAACGCUGUGUUUGUACUGGAAUCAGGAGUCAAGGCCUUACUGCAAAACUCUGCCCUCAAGAUGCUCUUGAUUUGGACCAGAGGAACUUCGGCAUCCUUCAUCCAGCCAGAACCUCCACUGCCCAAACUGGUGCAGAGAGCCUUGAAGGUGCUUCCCAGUCUGCAGUGGAGCACAGACGCACCUUCCACGACCGCCAGGAGCUUCUGGAUCUCUUUGCAGAAAGCCAUGCCAGCUGACGGAGCGAGGCCGGCUUCACGUGUGCAAUGAGAGGCCUGAGGUGUGGGAAAAACGUUUCCCCGCUGGAACUCAUUAUGCGUUAGUUUUCAUAAACAUGCGUCACCAAAAGACCGUAUCAUAAAGCUAAAGCUGAAUCUGAAAUGUAAAUAAAUAUGUAAUUUAUCAUGAUUUCUCCUACUGCUGCAAUAAAUAAAUGAAAACCA